GAAACUUCAACAUGUAUGUCUGUGUUCCUCCCUCAGUCUGAUCAAAGAGGCGGGGAAGCAGGACCCGGAGCUGGCUUACAUCAGCAGCAACUUCAUCACUGGCCACAGCAUCGGCAAGAACCAGCCGCGCAACAAGCAGAUGGAGGUGGAGUUCAGGAAGCAAGAGGAGGUUCUUCGCAAGUUCCGCGCUCAUGAAACCAACCUGCUGAUCGCCACCAGCAUCGUGGAGGAGGGAGUGGACAUCCCAAAGUGUAACCUGGUGGUGCGCUUCGACCUGCCCACAGAGUACCGCUCCUACGUCCAGUCCAAAGGCAGAGCGCGAGCGCCCGUCUCCAACUACAUCAUGCUGGCUGACAGCGAGAGAACCAGAGGCUUCGAGGAAGAUCUCACCACCUACAAGUCCAUAGAGAAGAUCUUAAGGAACAAGUGCUCCAAGUCCGUGGAGGUAGGUGAGUAUGAGCUGGAGCAGGUUCUGGACGAUGACAACAUCAUCCCUCCCUACGUGCUCCGCUCUGAGGAUGGAAGCCCCCGGGUCACCGUCAACACGGCCAUCGGACACAUCAACAGGUACUGUGCUCGGCUGCCCAGCGACCCUUUCACUCACUUAGCCCCAAAGUGUAAAACUGCAGAGAGGCCGGACGCACGCUUCCAGUCCACGCUCUACCUGCCUAUCAACUCCCCUCUGAGAGUUCCUCUUAAGGUGAGGAAGAACAUCUGCAUUUUUUAACAGUGUUAGCAAUGGUUACAAGGCCUGUGUCCACAUAGCA